AUGUUGCUGUUUAAAAAUCCCCCUCCUCGCAUAAAACUGGAGGUUAACCCGUCUGAUCCAGCACAGCAAGCUGCUCCAGGGACAGGACAGGAAGGAGGUGAAAAUGCUGGGGGGGGGGCUGCAAAUUUGACCAGUAAUUGGCGCCUGCAGCAGACUCAAGCACAGGUGGAAGAAGUGGUGGAUAUUAUGCGUGUGAAUGUGGAUAAAGUUUUGGAGCGAGAUCAGAAACUCUCAGAAUUAGAUGAACGAGCAGAUGCCCUCCAAGCUGGUGCCCAAGUAUUUGAAAGUAGCGCAGCAGCUCUCAAGAGGAAAUACUGGUGGAAGAAUUGUAAGAUGAUGAUCAUGCUGGGAGUGAUCUGUGCCAUUGUGGUCAUUGCAAUUGCACCAUUUCAUUUGCAGAGUCCAUCUGUUUGCGAAUCCCCAUCUUGUUUCCCCUUUGGGGGGGAAUGA